CCAAGCAAACCGGACUUGAAAUUCAACCAAGCUGAACAGAAAAGAAAACUACAACUGAAUCAUUUGCAGAGAGUGAGAAAUAAAAAGUGAAAGUGUCUAGACUAGUAAAAAUCGAGAUUACAAUUGCAAUUUGUAUACAUCAUGGCAUCAUCAACUCUGACAAAUUUGUUGCAAUCUCUGCGCAUUGUGCCUCAAUUGGGCCAUAGCAAAUCUGCAUCGAGUCCAACCAUUGAGAAACCUCAAAAGAAACCACAAGUUAAACCAAUUUUAACUGAAAUCACUCUGGCUGAAGUGGCGCAUCAUGAUAGUUUCGAUGACUGUUGGAUUGUCGUCUACGAUCGGGUCUAUGAUGUCACACGUUUUCUGCGGGAACAUCCAGGCGGUGAUGAUGUCAUUAUGGAUCACGCUGGACGAGAUGCCACCAUAGCAUUCCAUGGUACUGGACACUCGAGUGAUGCCAUUGAACAGAUGCGAGAUUUUUUAAUUGGUGAAUUGCCCAUAGAGCAGCGAAUUUUCCGUACGGGUCAUACCAGCAAAGUGUUGUCCUUGGGUAUACCGGAAUAGAUGGAGAUAAUUAUCAUAUUCAAAAAUAUUCUAUUCCAUCCGUCCGUCGGUAUUAGUUAACUAGACACUCGUUAUAAGUAUUUCAUGUGUUUUGUGUUUUUGUUUAUGUGUUUAGGCUUAAUCAGUUUUCAGUUUUUGCAUGUGUCGACUUUUUCAAUAACACAUCUACUUACAUAUAUAUUAUGCCAUAUCAUUUUGUCUCUCCUUAUAUAUGUACCUAUAAUUUAUAAGGUUAAUAAUGAUUAUAUUUACUUUUGUAUAUGUGGCUAAUUAGUACUUACAAUAAACAUAUUUCUGUGCA